GACACGAUCUAAACGAAGAUGCUUCUUUUCGAACAUCUUCGACCGUUCGUUUGCUUUUGUCAAAUGUUUGGAUUAAUUCCUUUCUUUGUUGAAAACAACAAUUCGCCCAAAAAUAAUUUCAAAAGGUUUUCCUUUUCCCUACGUCAUCCCGUCUCUUGGUGGUUCUUUUUCUUGUUCGCUGUUCAAUUAAUUAUUCCAAUUUUGGAUAUCUAUGGCGUUUUAGCACUGAUUCAUCAAACGAAAGUGCCCUCUAUGUUUAUCGGCUUCGUUCUUCAUGACCACGUAUUUUUGAUAGUAUUAGUUGCCAUGACUCGCUAUGCCAUUUCAAAAUACCCUUGCCUACGUCGAGCAAUAUGUUUAUUACGUAAGGUGAGUAAUGAAUUACUAAUCGAAAAUGAGCCGGCAGAAUUCCUCUCUGGCUUGAAAAUCCGCGUGAUUGUUGGAAUUUUCGCUGCAGUGGUUUGUACUGUCGCCAUAAUUGUUUCGAAUUUGGUUUUAUUCCCGUCGAAAUUGAAAUAUGAAGGGACGAUUUUUGCUGUGUUUAUCUUGAUAAACCGUAGCUUCAUGGUUAUGCUGUUAAUGAGCUCCUUUUUGCUCGCAUACUUUUGCUACUAUAUCGUCGCUUGUUACAUUCGCCUUCUAGCCUUGGAUAUGAAACGGCCGUUUCGAUUAACGCCAGUAGAGAAAAUCACAGGAGCGAAAGCGAAAACUAUUGCUUGGAUGCAAGUGAAUGAUACCAAGACUGUGCUGAGUUGGAAAUACAAAUUGAAACAAAGCAAAAGAAUAUUCGGAGAUUUAUGCAAGACACUGUCGGAACUGAAUAAAGUGUUUUCCCUCCCGUCGUUAGUGUUUUUGACAUUAAGAUUAAUUUCGUCAGCUUUCAGUUUGUACGUCACCAUUUAUGGCUCAUUAAGGACCGACAAUGCAUUCAUUCAAGCUUUGGCUCCAGCAUGCGCUGUUAGUUUCACGACCGGCUUCUUGAGCAUUUUAGUUGUUCUAAAAGGUUUUGAAAUGCCCAUACUUGAGUUCAAACAUCUUCGCCAGAAAAUCUUUAGCAUUUUAAAUGAAGAGCCUGACAUUCAAAUGGAUGACGAAUUCGAGGCCUUGUCUUUUCUCCAACACGUCUCAGAGGGACGUGCCCGUCUGUCAGCGGCCGGACUUUUUUCUGUCGGCUUGAAUCUCUUGCCAUCCUUAACGGCGUCAAUCAUUACCUAUCUAAUUAUCCUGCUUCAGACAAGACUGGUUUAGUUCUUCUAUUAACCUAUGACAAGAUCUGGAAACAAUUAGAAUUGAAUUCUACUUUGUCUCUAUCCAGUUAUUUUGUGCUAUUCUUGAACGGUCAUUAGAAACAAUAGAAAAAUUGUAUGAUGGUUUUUGCGUUACUGUUUCCCAAAAU